AAUAACCGGCGAUAUUCUGCAAUCCGAAGGACUUUGUGUGCGGCGCCGGGAUGCGCGGCAGGAAAUUAACUCCGACGGGAAUGGUUUCUCUCAAAGUGCCGCGACAGGAUUGGAGGAAAUGUUUCUUUUCUGGCAGCUGAAAUCCCUCCUGCGGUCGCAGCGAGGGCUGCCGAACGCACCGGGGACUUUUGCGGAGACUUAAAGCAGAUGCCGGCGUUAAUACCGGAAUGACCUUGGGAUCGGUGUGUGUGGAUCCCUCACUUCCCCCCGCCGGGCUCCAGAACUCUCGGCUGAAGGCGGUUCUGGCAUUUCUGGGGCCUUUCGGAAACCGCGAGUGUGUACAAUUAAUUACCUGCCUAACGAUUCCGGAACUAAUCGAGCAUUUACUUAAAACUGAACCCAGAAGAUGCUUUCUGUUAAUGUUUGCUUUCUGCCCAGCUGCAAAUACAGUGAGCAAGGUAACGUCCUGCAAUUAGAAGAACGAUUAUUUUAAGCGGUUAUUUAUCACGCCGUUCACCUAUAAACGUAGGAGCCCUAAAGCCACGUAGAAGAUGAAGCAGAACAGCAGGAUGAUGGAGUAGUAAACAAUGGCAGCUUUUCUGGUCAAAUCAGCGUUUCGUUAGCAUCGCAGCAGAAUGCGGAUGGAAGUUUCUGUCCCUGUGGUGUGGGGGUUUGUGAAAUGAUUCAGGUGUUGCUACAGAGGUGAGCGCUGCCAUGGCCGGACCCGUGAACUCCCGAGCGCUGGGCUCUGCUACAGCAGAGCUCCCAAAGAUGAUGAUUUUAAAUUGCCGUUGCUGAAAUAGAAUUCAAGAGGAUUUAUUUUGUCUGUGGGGACCUUGAGCUAAGGCGUGCCAGAGGUGAUGCGCUGAUGCUGAGGAGCAUCAACAGCUGUGGGACAGUAGAACCCUCCCAACUGUAAGCACUGGCAGCAGGAGAGACCGUGGGACACUGGAGCAGUCCGGCUGCCGCUGAGCGGGUCACCUGCCUGCUGCCUGCAGUCACAGUGAUCCCACCACAAAACAUGAACCGGUCGCGAUGGGUUGAAUGGAGGACUCUGAAUAUGAGCGGUAGCGUGGUGAACCUGUCUGAGCACCUCUCCUGCCCUCUGGGAAUUGGUCACUACAACGCAGUCGACAUCUGUAUCCUCGAGACAGUUGUUAUCGUCCUGCUCACCUUCCUGAUCAUUGCGGGUAACCUGACUGUUAUCUUCGUUUUCCACUGCGCCCCGCUUCUGCACCAUUACACCACCAGCUAUUUCAUUCAGACCAUGGCCUACGCCGACCUUUUUGUUGGAGUUAGCUGCUUGGUCCCCACGCUGUCCCUGCUUCACUAUUCAACAGGCGUCCACGAGUCCCUGACGUGCCAAGUUUUCGGAUACAUCAUCUCCGUGCUGAAAAGCGUGUCCAUGGCAUGUCUGGCUUGCAUCAGCGUGGAUCGCUAUCUCGCCAUAACAAAGCCUCUCUCCUAUAAUCAACUGGUCACACCUUGUCGCUUGAGAAUCUGCAUCAUUUUGAUUUGGAUAUACUCUUGCCUGAUCUUCUUGCCUUCCUUUUUCGGCUGGGGAAAACCUGGUUACCACGGAGACAUUUUUGAGUGGUGUGCUACCUCCUGGCUAACUAAUGCCUACUUCACUGGCUUUAUCGUCUGCUUACUGUACGCUCCUGCUGCCUUUGUCAUCUGUUUCACGUACUUCCACAUCUUCAAGAUCUGCCGGCAGCACACCAAAGAGAUCAACGAUCGGAGGGCUCGGUUUCCCAGCCACGAAGUGGAUGCUGCUGGGGAGACGGGGCACAGCCCUGACCGCCGCUACGCCAUGGUGUUGUUUCGGAUCACCAGCGUGUUCUACAUGCUGUGGCUUCCCUAUAUCAUAUACUUCCUGCUGGAGAGCUCUAGGGUGUUGGAGAACCCCGCGCUUUCCUUCUUAACAACGUGGCUUGCUAUAAGCAAUAGUUUCUGCAACUGUGUGAUCUAUAGCCUCUCCAACAGUGUUUUUAGGCUGGGACUACGGAGACUGUCAGAGACCAUGUGUUCAUCUUGCACGUGUUUAAAGGACAGGGAUGUACAGGACCCUAAACCAAGGAAACGGGCUAAUUCCUGUUCCAUUUAAAGAACACCGGCGCGUGCCAUCAGAUGUGGAGCUUUGAUAGCGUUUGCUGUAUCUGGGAACUUACCAGAGGAGAAAUGUUUACUUGAAUAGUUUGCUAUGCUGUUAGAGAUGAGUUUAAAAGUGCUUUUGGGAAAGAAAAGGCUGCUGUAAGAGGGGUCGCUGGACUCUGACUGUAGCUCUGAAAUUGUGAGCAGAGCCAUUCAGCAGAGACAACAGAGAAAGUCAGAACUUAAAUCUUCCAAAGGGCAUGAUGCAGCUCCUGCAUGGCAGGAGAGUCCUCACAAAAUAAACGAGUUAGUUACUACCUUCUCUUUUCUCCCUCGUAGAAAAGUUGUCUUACUAUCUUUGUGUCAGAAUAUACUGUAGCCUUCUGAAUUUAAGUAUAUUUACGAGGAAGCAAUCAACUACACAGUAAGUGGCUAUCCGUAAAUUAUAUUCCUGAGGACUUGCAGUAGAUGUUGCAGAUCAAUAACCAGCUCUGUCUCUGCUCACACCUGGUACCAUUUUCAGUUACACAGACAAUCUGCAGUGCAUACAACCUACGCAGGGCGUGAUGCUUUUUGGAUAAAAGGGCACAUUCUGCUACAACCAAACCUCCCCCUCUCAUUUCCUUUUAUUUCCACCCCCUCUGCCCCUUCCAUCCCGUGCAUCUUUAGAUCCCAUCGUGUUGCAGGGGUUUAGUUUGAGGGCACCUACGAGGUAAGCUGAGUAACUGCAGCUGCCCGCCUGUAAGGACUUCUUCUGUCUUUCAUUCUCUCGAUCCUGCUAAAUUAGCACACGGUGUUGAUGUAAUGUCCUUUAGGGUGUACUAAAGCUUUUCCCUUAUUGUCUACACAAAUAAUCCUAACGCAGAUAUGGUAUUCGCACACAGCAGUGCGCAUCACUGCUUAGAAAAUUAAAAAUAAGUAACGAAACCUUUUCUUUUGGAAGUCUAGCUUACUGUUGUGGCUGCCAAUCCUUUGUGUGAACCUAGCUUGCACAUCCUGUAUUCUUUUCAGAUUACUUUUUUUUUUUUUUAAGAGAAAAUGUAAGCUGUGGUCUGUGCCUAAUGUUUUCCUAGCACAUGGGAUAGGUCAGUGCUACAGGAUUAAAACACUGCACUCAUUUUAAGAGAAAUCCUUCUGUGCAGUUGUUGAAUAGAUGUUUGUCAGACAAGCUCUUGGAGAAGGUGAACAAGGCAGUUUGGUAUCAAAUACAGGCAAUGAGCUUCAGUAUUUCCUUUUGUAGUGAACUGACUUUCAGGUCCACUGACUAAAUCUUUUUUAUUUCGCAAGGGCACACAUUGGGUUUGUGAAAUAAAUUGCCAGGGGUUCAGAUGCAUGCCAGUCGAUAAAAGAAAUUAUUAUUUUGAACCAAAUGUAAUUUUCUUAGAUGGUUAUUGGCUUUUAAAAAAGGCCCAAUUAUUGAUUAUUGGUGCCUUUUAACACUGCACUAUGAUUCCUCCUUUCACCAAAACGCAUAUGUAAUAUCGUGCCUAUUACUUUUUGUAAUGGAAGCUAACCACGUUUGCACACUUGUGGUUUGACUCUAGAUCUCCCGUACUGAUGUACUCUCUGUUUUGUGGAGGUGGUUCUGAACCCCUGUACGUUUCUAAACCUGUAAGAAAGAUGAAACAAUGGAAUAAAGUAGUAUUAUGUAUAUCAAA